UUGGAUUCGUUCAAAGCUCUGGUCGGUGCUUUGCUCCUCUUCUCUGUUCGAUAGCCAGCUAGCGCAGUUCGUUCCGUGAAAGUGUCCGCCAUAGGAAAUAAGUUGGUCAUAAAUUAGUGCUACUUCGAGGGUGAAAUUCUCCGACAACUUGCUCCGAUCUCUUUUUCGUAACAAACAAACCUACACACACAAACAAUGGCCGAGAAACCGAAGCGUCCUCUAUCCGCGUACAUGCUGUGGCUGAACUCUGCCCGCGAGGGAAUCAAGAAGGAGAACCCCGGCAUCAAGGUGACCGAGAUCGCCAAGAAGGGUGGUGAGCUAUGGAGAGGCAUGAAGGACAAGACCGAGUGGGAGAACAAGGCCGCCAAGAUGAAGGACGAGUACAACAAGGCCGUCCAGGAGUUUGAGCGAAACGGUGGCAGCAAGGACGCCGGCAAGGGCAAGAAGCCCGCCAAGGCCGCCAAGAAGGCGCCCAAGAAGAGCAAAAAGAAGGACUCGGACGAUGACGACGAUGAGUCCGGAGAGGAGAGCGACUGAACUAAUUAACCCUUAAGAAAAAGUAUGUUGUGUGCGAGAGAGCGAUACAAAAAAAUAACAUGUAGGUACGCGGGAGGGAACAAUGGGUAAAAAGUCGAGCAGCGGCGGCAGGAGAAGCUAAGAGAAGAGAGAAAAAAAAACCUUACAAAAAGCCAGAAAAAAAUAACAAAAAAAGAUUAUUUUUAAUUUAUUGUAUAAAUGUUCGGGGCCUUACUUCUCGAGAGCAGCAGCAAAAUCAUCCACAAAAA